CUCUUCCUUUCAGAAGAGAUAAUAUUGUGUUCUGUACAUAUAAUGUGAAUGAGUGUAUUUAUUAUCUCCAGAAAUGUGAACUAUUCAGAGGGGCCGAGGCGCGCUGCUACAGGAUCCCACGGGUUCCAUUUCUCCUCGUGGAAUUUCGGGCGUCUGCGGUCAAUCUCCUGAAUAAUUCCAUCAUUCGUCCUCUUAAUUUACACGCGUUCUACGCGUUGUCCUGCGAAAUGGACGUCUUUUGAUUUAUUUCAUCAAUGAGGAGGCUGGUACUGGAGAUCUGGCGUGUAGCGUCACGGGCGGUGUGUCGUUCCGCACAGAUCGCAUGUUGAUCACGACGCUGCUUGAUCCGGAGCUCCGCUGUCUGCGAGACGUGGCAGAUUAUAUCAUUUUACGGGCCUUUUUUCAAAGGAUGCAGAUGUAACCGUUUUUAUCUGGUGUAGCGAAAAGUAUACUGGAAGCAGGAUGUCCUUCUACGCCGUCGUUAUACUGGUCCUUUAUAUGAUUUUCUCUCUUUGGAUGGUGAGUGCAGAUGAGGACUGCUUGUGGUAUGUGGACAAAAAUGGCACCUGGCACAAUGGCUUUGACUGCCCGCUCAUAACCUUCUGCUGUGGGAACUGUCACCGCCGUUACUGCUGCCUGGAUGGCUUCAAGAUGAUCACCGAGGCGGGACAGAAGCGCUGCAUGCUUUUCCAUCUCAGCCCUUCUACUAUAGCUGGCAUUGCUUCAUCGAUCCUGCUCUUUGUGGCUGCUAUAGCAACUAUGGUCUGUUGCUUCAUGUGUUCCUGCUGUUAUCUGUACCAGCGCCAACGUGGCAGAACUCCUUAUGAAGUCCAGCAUAUUCCAAUGGUCAGCUAUCCUGUGGAGCACAUGUACGAUGCUUCUGGUAAACCCAUUGGACAUCCUGAUUAUCCUGGCUAUCCAAUGGUGCCACAAUAUCCAGGUGUCCCCCACCAUUAUCCUAUGAUGCCCCAGGGUCCUUAUCCUCCCAAUCCUCCUGACGCAGGAUACAGUCAAGCAGCUCCUCCACCAUAUUCCCCUCCACAGUACCCAGGGCACUGAAAGAGCUUUGAGGUUAUCUUAUCCAGAAGAUAACCUAUAGAAUGGGUGAUGAUGAAGAGGGCCCAUGCUUGUAUGGAAUCCUUUGUAUGAGAAACCAUUUAAAAUUAAUUUCUGUUAUUUAUUUCUUGAUUAAUUUGUGGAGUGAAGCAUGAACUGACCUCAGAAUCACCUCACAUGUCUGGAGUGUUUUCUUGUUUGAUGUACAGCUUUCAUGUGUCACUAAUCAGUGAGACUCCUCCCACUUUAAUCCAGCAACUCACAGACUCAAAAGACUGCUUUAAACGUGCCAUUAUGUUUUGUCAAACUCUCCGAAAUGGACUGUUAAAGAUGAUUUUCCUGCAGAAGAGACUGACUGCCAGUUCUGACUCAUCCAGGAUCUCGUUUUCUGUUCAACCAAAUAAGUACCUUGUGUCAUUUACACUUUAUCCUGCAAUAGACAUGCUUAGCUGUCUCUCCUGGUUUGUUUGUUGAUAAUGUGUUUAUUUGACCACUAAUUCAAUGUCACUUGCAUCAUUAACAUCAAUUCAUGCUGUACACUUUUCAUGUCUUAUAGACAGCUAACAUGUGGACAUGAAACGUGGAUGUUAUAGACAGUUAACACGAUGUAAAUAAGAGAGAACUUACAUUAGGAAGAAUUUCAUGUUUUAUAGCAUCCAACCAAACUUCAUUCUGUGCAUUUAAAGGUCGUCAACUCUUGUUAGAUCUGGCUUGAGGUUGAGCUGUAAUGUUAACGCUCCUUGGAUUUGCAUGUCCUUAAUUGUAUCUCAUGCUAUAGACCAGUUGUCAAGGGAAUCACAAAAAUGUGUGCAUUUGGUUAGCUGUCCGUUUGUGCCCUUUUUUGGUUUCAAAAAGCUUUCAAAGUAAUUUAUGUUGUUUUGUUAUGUUAUCUACAGUGAGACAAGUUUAAACAAAGUCCCUUUAGUUUUCCAUCCAAGUCUGAAUAGUUAGAUGUAAACUCAGAAUUAAGGGGAAAAAUUAUAAUUGCAAUGUCACAAUAAUGCGGUCAUUUACCAUUGUUUAGCAAAAUUUCACAGGCUAUAUUUUCAGUAUGGAUCCACACAUUCAGGAAUUUCUCAUUCUGGUGUAAGAUGUUCUAAUGCCGAUUUCACAUUGGUUUCAUUGGUCAUGCAAAUUUGCAGUGUUUAUCAAUGGAAAGAAGUGACUUCUGUUUGAGCUGUGCUUCAACACUAUUGAAAACAGACUAUGGACCAUUUUAAAGCGGGAUUUCCAUUGCCGUCAUAUUGAAUGUUCCAAUUUUUCCCAUUCAUAACCAUCAGUGGACCAUCUUAAAUUAAUUUUGAAGUUCAUCAUAAAUGUCACUUUUCAAUGAUAAAAUAGAACGUGAAUUAAAAGAAUUAGAUUCUCACUCAAAUGUGUAUCAGCUUAAAAUAAUUAUCAGAUACAUUUAAGGUGCAAUUUUGGAUUUAAAAUGAUUUCUGCUACCUCCUCAUCUCACUAUUUGUGAUGCUUUUUGUCCACAGUUUAAAUAACUUGUUAGUUAUUUAAAUUAAUGUAUAGUUAACAGUGUUGUUUUUGCUAUAAACCGCAUAUGCUACUGUAUUUGUCACUUUGGAAUGUGAAGCACAAAAAAGAAAAGGAUCUAUAAAGGUCUUUUUUACAAUGUGGAAUAUUAAUAGGUAUUUAUAAC